UCGUCCGUUCUUCCUUGGCUGAUUGAGUAUACCAAGGCGGCGAGUGCAAGGAGCAGGGGACCGGUACGGGAAGACGCACCCGACGACAAGUUCAAAAAGGCGGCGCAGGCAUGCCGGCACUCUGGAGGCGUGAAGGACGCAGCAAGAGCGCUCCUAGCCGAUCAACCGUCACCGGGGAACGACGAGACAUGGGCACGUCUGAAAGCCGAAUUUUCGCAUGAGGAUCCCGUACAAGCCAUCGCCGAAGCCAUAGCUGCAAGCCGCACCGAGGAGGAGGAAGGAAGCGCCCCGAGAUGGAGGCCAGAAACCGAGUUUGAUCCAAGUAUGAUCCAAGUACUCCUUCAAGUCACCAACAGCAGAAGCUCUAACUCUGGAGCAGGAAAUGACGGGCAACGAUUCUCCCACCUUAAGUCCAUCGUCAACACUAAAACUGGUCGGGAAGAGUUCAGCAACGCGAUGUCGUCCCUUUGGAGGAGGCUCAUCAACGAUCCCAACGCGUUCCCACCGGAGUUCUGGACUCUUUGGAAACGAUCCAGUCUAAUCGCCCUCGGUGAAAAGUGCCGUCCAGUGUGCAUUGGAAUGACUUGGAGAAGGCUGAUUGCAGCGGGAACGGUCAGGGAGUGGAAACCGAAACUGGAAGAAAUAUUUCGGGAAGCGGACCAAUUCGGAGUGGCGGUAGCUGGAGGAGUUGAACAAGUUGCGAUGGACGCACAACUGGUUCAUCAGACAGGUCAUUGGGUAGUCCAGACGGAUUGCUCAAAUGCCUUCAACACGGGCAAGCGCACCGCCAUAAUGGCCCAGGCCGCAAAGAGCGUCCCAGAUCUCGUGGGGUACAUCGCCAGGUGUUACGACGAAAUCCCGGCAAAGGCGAUAUACACGAUGGACUCCGGAGAGCGUCGGACGAUCGAGUGCAAGAGCGGUGUGCAGCAAGGAGAUGGAAUGGGACCGCCCCUGUUCUGCUUCAUCCUAGUCCCGAUCGUCUUGAAGCUUAGAGCCAAGUACGACCACCUCGGGGUAAGCUUGAAAGCUUAUAUGGACGACAUCAGCCUGCACUUCAAAAAUAUAACAGCGGAAAAUAUUCAGGGCACGACGUGA